AUGAAAGAGCACAUCAAUAACCUCACCAGUUCAACGAGGCCCACUGUUACAAUAUUUACAGCUGUUAGGUCUUUUAGUGGCUCAAUUGGGAGAAAACAAACUUUAGCAAUCAGAUCAUGGCUUGGUUUAUCACAAGACAUUAGGGUUGUUCUCUUUAGCAAAGACCCUUCUGUUUUCUCUUUUGCAGGUUCUUUUGGCUAUGGUUCUAGGGUUUCUGUAGAACCCACCAUUGAUUUCACAUUUUUAGGUACUCCAUUUUUUCACUCAAUGGUUGCAAGAGCACAAGCAUCAACUUCUGAUAUAUCUGUCCUCAUGGAUUCUGAAACUAUUCUUUUACCAGACUUCUUUUCAACAUUAAGUUAUGUUCAUAAACUUGAUCAUGAUUGGCUAUUCAUUGCUUCAUCAAGAAACGUCUCGGAUUUCCCAUUUCACUUGGAUGUAGAUGGAAAACAUUGGCUAGGGGACAACAAUAAAAUGGUUAAAAUGGAAAAGUUGCAGGAGUUUCUUUCUAAUGGGAAAUGGGAACAUUGUGAUGACAAGAAGACAAUCAUUGCUUGGGAUAAUGGAGAGCUUCCUUUACAUAAUGGAGUUCUUCCACCAUUUUUAUAUGGGAAAGGUUUCCACACCCUUUGGAUGAUCAACGAGGCUUUAUCUUCCAACUUUAGGUUUGUAUUUGAUGCCAGUUGGACGAUCUCAAGCUUCUUUAUCAAUAAUAUUUACAACAAUGCCACUAUGGAAGCAAGAAAUUGGGAAAAUGUUGGAAAUUCCCAUUUGGGAGCUUUCUAUGGAUCAUUAUUCUUCCAUGAAGACCAUUACAACUACUCCAACUUGAUCAAACUUUUCAAAUGCGACAAACAUUAUCAUUUUGGAAGCACUAUAGACAACAUAGUUUAUCCAUUAGGGGUAUUUCGGUCAAGUAAACAUACGAAGCUUUCUACUUGUUUCGACAAAUUAAAACCAAAGGGUAACACGGGUUGCUCAACAAAGAAUCAGUUGAUGUCAUUAGAACCGAUAUCACUUCCUUUCUCUUUAGAGCUUCUUCUAUCAACACGUGCUGACCAAAAUAAGACAAUUGUGUUAGCAGUUGCAGGAUAUAGUUAUAAAGAUAUGUUAAUGAGUUGGGUAUGUAGACUACACCUCCUUAAUGUCUCCAAUUUUGUGGUUUGUGCCCUUGAUGAUGAAAUAUACGAUUUCUCUAUCUUGCAGGGAUUGCCUGUUUUUAGAGACAAAUUAGCUCCAAAUAACAUCAGCUAUGAUGACUGUCACUUUGGAACAAAUUGCUUUCAACGGGUAACUAAAGUGAAGUCAAGGGUAGUUUUGGAAAUUCUGAAGCUGGGAUAUAACUUGCUGAUGAGUGAUGUUGAUGUUUAUUGGUUUAAGAAUCCUUUGCCACUGCUUACUACUUUUGGUCCUGCAGUUUUCUUGGCUCAAUCAGAUGAGUACAAAAUCACAGGGCCAAUAAAUUUGCCUAGACGUCUAAAUUCUGGCUUUUAUUACGCACACUCAGAUAAUUCAACAAUUGCUGCUUUAGAGAAAGUAGUAAAACAUGCAUCUUUAUCAAAUCUUUCAGAGCAACCAAGUUUUUAUGAUACUUUAUGUGGGCUAAACGGAUCCAACCGUUUAGGUGAUGACAUGUGUCAUGAACCCGAAACAAAUCUGACCAUUCGUUUCUUGGAUAGAAACCUCUUCCCAAAUGGGGCCUACCAAGAUUUUUGGGACUCAAAUAACGUUUCAUCAACAUGCAUGAAAAAGGGUUGUUUUGUGCUUCAUAAUAAUUGGAUUAGUGGGAGACAAAAGAAGCUAGAACGCCAGGUGUCAUCUGGUCUUUGGGAGUAUGACAUCAGCAUGAGGAUGUGUUUGCAGACAUGGCAAAGAUCCAAAUCCAUAAGUUAUUUUUGA